AUGCGCACAGACUGGUUCAUUGCCCAGCACUUCCCAGGCUCGCUGUCCACCUUAAAUUUUACACCAGACAUCAAAAGUGCGCUGCGACAACGGAGCAGCGGGCGCAUUUUGCACUUGGAAAUGGCCACUGCAAUUCUGGAGUGGCCGAUUGCGCGCCCCAAAGGAUUCGCCGAGUCUUACGCCGACGACGACGAUGAUGAUGACGAUGAUACCGUCAACCUGAUCGAAUACCCCGUUUUCGACGCAGAGCAAUGUUUGCCAGUAGCACUCGCAUGCCACAGUACAACGGCGGGAGCAGAGCGAGACGAGCCUGUCGCUGGUGCGACGUCGACCAAGAGUAACAUGAUGGUCGGCGGAGACGGCGCCGUCGCUUCCACGCCAGCAGACUCGCUCACCAACGCUGUCGCAGAGGCCGACGUCGAGGAAUUGGCCCAACAAGAGGAUUGCUCAUCUUUUACAACAAGCACAGCAGACGCCCGACAGCCGACGACGCCUGCCCCCCUUCCUGCUACUACCACGCUACAGCCGCCGAGCGCCACCACCACCAUGACCAGCUCCGACAUGGACUCUUCGCGCUUGGAAUUCUCGUCGCCGCUGCGACAGCAAGUCGAACAUGUCUGCACUUCAGCGUCGCCGCUCAGCGACGUCAGCGAUGCCCAUGAAUUCGACUACGACUUUGACGUCUCGUCGGGCCAUCGCCUGAUCCGAAUCAAGCCCACCGCCGCGCAGUGGGACGACUUCCCCGCGCUGCUGGCCUUUGCGCGGAAGCUGGGCGCGUGCGAGGACGGCUGCUUCAAGCUCCAGCUGCCGGCCGAUCUGCGGCACCCGCUGCCGCACAAGGACAAGCAAACAUUGCCCGCCAAUGCCUACAAGGCGAAGCAGAUUCGCCGCACAACGUUUUGGCAGCUGAGCACUGUCAAGGCCGAGGGCGAGUUUUACAGCCCUCCAGAUGCGGACGCGGAGCCGACAGAAUCGGUUGAGGCGACGCUCAAAACGCUCAAGACCAUUUUUCGCAAAAAUAUGGGCAGGCAGAUGCGCAAUGUGCGAUAUCGCCCCGACGUACCCGCCUGGAGCCGCGAGCAGCGUCGCGAGGCCGGCGUCCCUCCCGACUGGAGCCCCAUCCACCCGCUCCGUGGCGAUCUGCUGGACCGCACAAAGGCCGUAAUUCCCGGUAUCCAUACCCCGUACGUGUACGAAUCGGCGCCGCAUUUCGGCGCCACCUUUCAGAUUCACGCCGAAGAUUAUCGCCUGCUGUCCCUCAACCACCUCUAUCGGGGGCGCAAGAUUUGGAUCGUGAUUCCAUGCACAGCUAUUGACGUGGCCGAGAAAGCCCUGGGCCGCGCCGCCGACGGCUGCUCACAGUUUAUGCGGCACCGCGCCGAAUUCUUUUUCCCCGAAAAGCUCGACAAGCUGGGCAUUCCCUACCGCAUCGCGGAUCAACGCCCCGGAGAGACGAUUGUCAUCCUCCCCGAUGCGUACCACGAAGGAUACAGCACGGGGUACACCCUCGCCGAGGCCAAAAAUUACGCCGACGACCAGUGGAGCACCGACACGUACAAGUCGUGCGCCGCGCACUGCCAGCUCGCGACGGCUAUUCCGCCUGAAUUUCUGCGACCGCUCGCAGAGGGCGAAGAGAGGCUGGAUCUGUGCGCGCUGCAGGACGAGCAGCAUGCGGCAGAGGCUAAACGGGCGGCCGAGGAGAUGGAGAUGGAUGCCGAGGGAGAGGACGAGGGAGAGGGGGUGGAAGUGAAGCGGGUCAAGGUUGAAUGA